AUUCAGAAAAUCAAUUUCAAUCUUACUGAUUUAAAAAUAUUUCCUUCAAAUCUUAUAACUCUGAUUGAACAAUUACAGAUCAAGCUAUCAAAAUAUUACUUUAUAAUGCUAAAGUUUCCUUUGAUAUAACUUAUAUGUCCUUAUUUCGGAGCAAAGUACUCUUAAGAAACCUCUUUUUCGCAAAAAAGUAUUUAAUGAUUAGUUUAUUAGUUUGAAAUCGAAUACUGAUAUUGAGUGCAGUGAAAUAAUUAGACUUUCAAAAUGUUGCUAAAUGCCCUGAAAGUGACUCUAUUGUUUCUUGUGCUGCUAGCUCAGUGCAACGAUGGAAUGUGCUACAACUCUGGAAGAUGCUUGGGCCGAGGAAGGGGUGGCAUGAACUUCCGGUGUCACUGCCAAAAUGGUUUCCAAGGACAUCGCUGCCAAUAUGAUGUCAAUGAGUGCCUUAUAAAUAACGGGGGAUGUCAUCACUCUUGUUGCAACACACUUGGAAGUUUUUACUGCCGUUGUAAUCCGGGGUACAAACUGAAUGCGGAUGGUAGAACGUGCUCAGACAUUGACGAGUGUCGUAUCCAUAAUGGUGGGUGCCAGAACAAAUGCAUCAACUACGACGGUGGCUACUCUUGCGAAUGUUCCCCAGGACAACGUCUCCAUACUGACGCCAGGACAUGCAUCGAUAUGGUCAGUCUCUGCAGUAUCAACAAUGGAGGUUGUCAACAUAUAUGUGAUGAUAAUGGUAGAGGCGGACGAUGCCGAUGUAGACAUGGAUAUAGGUUGAAUCCAGAUGGACGAACUUGUGAAGUUUUAGAUCCUUGCGGUAGGGAUAACGGUGGUUGCUCUCAGAAGUGUGAAAAUGAUAACGGAAGAGCAUCAUGCAGAUGUUCACCAGGCUACCAAUUGGCAAGAGAUGGAAGAAAAUGUUCAGAAAUAAAUGCUUGCGCUCGAGAUAAAGGUGGUUGCUCCCAUUUGUGUGAGAGCGUCAGUGGUAGGCCUAUUUGUAGUUGUCACCCGGGAUAUCAGCUUGCAAGAGACAGGAGGACAUGCGAGGAUAUCGACGAGUGCAGUGCUAACAGCCCGUGCGCCCAUGUUUGUCAAAAUACUCCUGGAUCCUACAGUUGCUCCUGUCAUCUUUCCUUUCAACUUGGAAACGAUGGUCGCAGCUGUUUCCGUAUUGAAAUGGAAGUAGUGAAUACUUGCGCGGACAAAAACGGAGGUUGUGAUCAGAAAUGCCGCCAUGGACCUGGAGGAGCGAUUUGUAGCUGCUACGCGGGGUAUGAGCUUGAUAGUGAUGGAAAAAACUGCAAUGACAUAGAUGAGUGUCGUAGAGGAUUGUCACAAUGUAAGCAAGAUUGUAAUAACAGCCCCGGUGGUUAUUCAUGUGCUUGCCGCCUUGGUUAUUCUCUUGAUCGAGACGGGAUUACAUGCAAUGAUAAUAAUGAAUGCCUGGUCAAUAACGGAGGCUGCGAUCAAACUUGUGAAAACACUCCUGGGUCUUACAGAUGUCUUUGCUUAGAAGGUUAUAGGCUUUUGCCAGACAAAAAGAGCUGUGACAUAGUUCCGCCUCGACAAGCAGUGUUGAUUGAAACAUCUAGCAGAUCUGACACUCCUCCGCAUCAGAAUUCACCAAGAAUUCGUUUUCAAGUUACACCCCCAACUGUAGUUCCUCUUCUAGAUGAAGAAUUUAGACAGUAUUUAGCUCUGGAAGGACCUGACAUACGACAAACAUGCGAUCGCGGCACUUUUGGUCCAGCAUGCAUGUUCAACUGUGGCGAUUGUCAAAAUGGUGGAAAAUGUGAUAUCAGAGCUCUGAGCUGCACUUGCCAACCUGGAUUCAGUGGUUUGCUUUGCAAUGAAACAUGUUCUCAAGGAACAUAUGGUGACGGUUGCAGUCGUAAAUGCAAAUGCUUGAAUGGAGGUGUUUGUGAUCCCGUAACUGGUGAAUGUGUAUGUCCGGGAGGGGUACAAGGAAAACAAUGUGAAGAAGGUUGCCCUCCAGGUACAUAUGGCGAGAAAUGCGAAAAGCAAUGUCCACAACGCUGUGCAAGUGGGCGCUGCAACCGAAUUUUCGGCUAUUGUGAAUGUGAACCUGGUUUCUUUGGACCAAAAUGCAAUUUACCUUGCCCCGACCACACAUAUGGACCGAAUUGUCGCAGUCAAUGCAAGUGUUUCAAAGAACAUACUCAAAAGUGCAAUGUAAAAACAGGGAAAUGUGAGUGCAAAGUGGGUUUCACCGGCGCUAAAUGUGAGACAGCUUGUCCACCAAACAGAUGGGGUGAAACUUGCCACAAACCUUGCGACUGCUCCUCAGGCACCAUUUGUAACCCGGGUAAUGGAGAAUGUAUGAAGGAAUGUCCACCAGGAUUAAAUGGCACCAACUGCGAUCAAGAAUGUCCAGAAGGAUUUUAUGGAGCCAAUUGCUUGAAAAUCUGCUUAUGUGGAAUGCGAGAAUGUGAUCCGGCAACUGGCACGUGCUUAUGCGAUGCAGGGAAAAUGGGUGACCUGUGCACGGAAAAUUGUCCAAAAGGAAAAUACGGUAAGAGCUGUUUGAAAGCAUGCACUUGUGAAAAUGAAGGAACUUGCAACCCCAAGAAUGGAAAAUGUUCCUGCCCGUCUGGUUUUAUUGGAAAUUCAUGCGAAAAAAAAUGCCCUCCAGACAAAUAUGGACAUCAGUGUCAAAAUCAAUGCUAUUGUAAAAAUGGAGCUUCCUGUGAUCGAGUCAGUGGACGUUGUCAUUGUUCUGCAGGAUGGACUGGCAUUCAGUGCGAUCAGCCUUGCAGUCCAGGGAGCUUUGGCCCUAAUUGUCAGAAGCAUUGCGAAUGUCAGAAUGGAGGUGACUGCGAUAGAUUCACAGGAGAAUGUAUUUGUGCACCAGGGUGGAAAGGCAUCGAGUGCGAAAAGCCUUGCUCUCCAGGUAAAUAUGGCGAAAACUGCGAACAAGAAUGCCAGUGUGAAAAUGGAGCUACGUGUGAUCAUAUUCGUGGGGCUUGUGUCUGUGGACCAGGAUGGAGGGGUACAUUCUGCGAAAAGCCUUGCCUUCGCGGUUUCCAUGGGAUUGAAUGUAGAAAUACGUGCGAUUGCGGCCAUGGAAUAUCUUGUCAUCCAGAAACAGGAUUAUGCCAUUGUCCGCCAGGAAAACACGGAGAUAAGUGUCUUAAGACAUGUCCCACGGGAACUUACGGAUAUGACUGCGAAGGAGUUUGUUUGUGCCAAAAUGGAGCUAAUUGUGAUCCUAGAGAUGGACGUUGCAGCUGUAAACCAGGAUACAAAGGAAGGCAUUGCGAAAAGACUUGUCCUCAUGGGUACUAUGGCCCUCAUUGCUCUAAGAUGUGCUUAUGUAAAAAGGGAGAGCCGUGCCAUCAUGUCACUGGAGAGUGCAAGUGUCCACCGGGAAGUACUGGAAAAGGAUGCGAACAAACUUGCUCUGAAGGGAAGUUUGGAUUAGAAUGCAAGCAAAAAUGCAACUGCCCACAAAAUCACUUAUGUGAUCCAGUGAAUGGGCGCUGUUUCUGCAAGCCAGGAUUUCAUGGACAAAGUUGCAACAAAAUAUGCAUGAAUGGAACUUUUGGACCAAACUGCUCUGUUCGUUGCCUUUGCGAAAAUAAUGCAGACUGUGACCCAUUAUCAGGAGAAUGUAAUUGUAAACCUGGAUUUAUAGGCCCCACAUGUGCUGAAGAAUGUCGAGACGGGUAUCACGGAGAUGCAUGCCUGAAAUCUUGCCGCUGUCAAAAUGGAGCAACUUGUGACCCAGAAACCGGAAAAUGCAUCUGUCCGGUAGGAUUCAUCGGAGAUUCAUGCGAGAAAGAAUGCCCUUCCGGAAAAUUUGGAGAUGAAUGCAGUAAUGACUGCGAAUGCAAAAACAAUAAAUGUGAUCCUAAAACUGGACAGUGUAUCUGCCCUUCUAAUUCUACAGGAAUUGACUGCGGAGAAGGCUGUCCAAGCGGUUUAUUUGGACCUGGUUGCCAAUUUCCAUGCCAGUGCAAACACAACGCGUCGUGUGAUCCAGUGACGGGUUGCUGUCAUUGCCCUAAUGGAUACAUUGGUGGUCAUUGCGAAUAUGAAUGUCCAGAAGGUUGGUAUGGCAAAUCUUGUCUGGAACGUUGCGACUGUGUUGGAUCUCGAUCAUGUCAUCCAGCAACUGGAGCGUGCAGCUGUUCACCCGGUCAGCAUGGUCCAAAGUGUGAUAAAGCAUGUACUCUUGGUUUUUAUGGCCAUGGUUGUCAAGAAAAGUGCAACUGUGGGACACAUCCUUGUGAUCCUGUAACUGGAGAAUGCCAUUGUCCUCCAGGGUUCACUGGACCAAUGUGUACUGAAAUAUGCCGGGAUGGAAAGUAUGGUCCUGGAUGCCAAGAACGGUGUAUAUGUCGACAUGGAGCUACCUGUGAUGCUCUAAAUGGCAAAUGUUCCUGCACAUCUGGCUGGAUGGGUCCAACUUGCGAUAUUAAAGAAGGAUCUAUUGGUACUGAUGAUGAAAUUUUGAAUGGCAUCAGUUAAUCAAAUGAGCUUAUGAGACAUUUUGAAGGAUUAAUCAAGUCAACUCAUUUGUACGUAAAUAAGUCAUCACUUGAGGACGCAUCGUUGCAAAUGAAUAGGAGGAAAGGAAUUUUUCUGAAAAAAAAUAUCUGCAGAAUGAAAUUCUCUUUUGUGUGUUUCACUUUGUGACUGAAUCCAAUUUCAUUUAAAACAAAACUUUAUUUUCAUCAUUCAUGUAAAUUUAGUUAUUUAUGAAAACCUUGAGUGCUUACACUAUCAUCUCUAAUUUGAAAAUAUUUUCAGGAAAUAAGUUAGCCACUGUAAUAGGAAACAGUUCAGUGUUCAAUGAAACACAAAUUUUCACUAAAUAGAGCUUGAUACUACAAUUUAAAAUUUUAUUAUUUAUUGUUUUUUUAAUGACAUUGAAGAAUGUUAUAUAAUAUACUUGAAUCUUUGUUUGAUUUGUGUACAUUUAAAUAGAUAAUUAGUUUAUUUAUUCUUUCAUGAACUGAAUGAAAUUUAUGCACAAUAAACACUUUUCACUUGUUGUUUGGAAAUGGUAUUUAGAUAUACGGUCUCAAAAAAAAAUCUGUUUCUUAAGCAACU